AUGGCGACCGAAGACUCAGAACCAGUCGCUGCGAGCGAGCAGCAGCCGACGACGACAACCUCCCAGCCCACGGCCGAGACACAGAGCCUGCCCAUCCGAAGUCAAGAAAAGACAGCGAGCGGUGACUUUGACAUUGUUGCCGAGUACCACUCCCAUCUGCGCGACCACGAGUUCACCAAGCCUGUCGCCGCCAUCGAGGCCCUCGUCGCCCUGCUCGCCGCCAGCAGCUAUACAACCGUCUUUGAGACACUCGAGACGGUCAAGCGUCAUUCAGAAACCCUCCGCGCCUCGGUCAAGAACCCGGUGCCGCUCCAGGCCGGCACCGACCUCUUCCUGCAGUACCUCGUCUCCUCGCUUAAGCAGCAGGAGGGCCAGACAGCAGCGCCCGGCGGCGGCACGACCCACCACCAGAGCUUCGAGGAUGUACUCCGCCACCUCGUCCGCAACGGCCGCCUCUUCGCCGACCGCGCCAUCGCCGCCCGUGACGGCAUCGCCGACGCCGGCUGGCGCUUCGUCCGCGAGGGCAAGACGGUCCUGACCAUGGGCGAAUCGCGCGCCGUCGAGAAGCUCCUCUUCCGCGCCGCCGCCCAGUACCCAGCCGGCGCCGUCAACUUUCGCGUCGUCUACGUGCGCGAGGCCCGCCGCCCCGACGAGAGCGACCGCUUCGUCGCCGCCCUGCGCGCCCGCGGCAUCCCCGUCGCCGAAAUUUCCGAGCUCGCCAUCGCCCACGUCAUGGCCCUGCGCAACUCGGUCCACAUGGUCUUUGUCGGCGCCGAGGCCGUCACCCAGAGCGGCGGCAUCAUCUCACGCCUCGGCACCUACCAGAUCGCCAAACUUGCCCGCGAGAACAAGCCCCGCAUCCCCUUUUACGUCACGGCCGAGACGCACAAGUUUGUCCGCAAAUUCCCCCUCGGCCAGAAGGACCUCGGCUACGACCAGACGGUGCUCGACUUUCAGACUGACCGCAAGAGCGACGUCCCCGUUGAUGCCGUCGACUACACACCGCCCGAGUACAUCACGAACCUCGUCACCGAAAACGGUCCCAAGCUCCCCGGGUACGUGCUGGAGCAGCUGCUCGAGAUUUACGGCGCCCUCAACGGUUGA